UUGACAGCAAACUGUUCGAUGAAAUUCCCCAAUGAGCUGCAGUUUGCAUCUGGCGCUUUCUUUCGCCAUUUCCAAACUCCUACCCUUGUUAAAUCUUCAUUUAUCAAACAAAAUUCCUUCAGCAGCUCUUCUCCUUCUUCAUCUUCUCCAGGUCCUUCGCCACCAUGCGAUCAAAAUCUUGUCUCAACGGCCAUCUCUAUCCUGAAGCACCACCGCUCAAAAUCCCGGUGGUCUUACCUCCGCUCUCUUCUUACCUCAAGCAACGAAGCCCUCACUCCAUCUCAGUUUACGCAAAUAGCCCUCCAACUCCGUAACAAUCCUCACCUUGCCCACAACUUCUUCCUCUUCACAGUCCGUCACUCGCUCUGUUGUCAUUCUCUCUUCUCCCACGCUACCAUUAUUCACAUCCUCUCUCGAUCACACCUCAAAGCACAAGCUCAAGAAUUAAUCCAAUCCGCCAUUCGUAAAUUCCCUGACCCCUCUCUAUCAAGCCCACCUCCAAUUUUCCAAACUUUGAUCAGAACUUAUAGGAUUUGUAACUCAGCUCCAUUUGUAUUUGAUUUAUUAGUCAAAGCCUGCAUAGAGUCUAAAAGAAUCGAGCAGGCCACUGAAAUAGUCAGAAUGUUAAGGUCCAAGAAGAUAUGUCCAAAUAUCAGCACUUGUAAUUCUUUAAUUGAGUUAGUUUCGAAAAGUAGGGGCUGUUUUGCUGGUUACGAUUUGUACAAGGAAAUUUUUUGUUCUAGUGAAAAAAAUGUGAAUGAAAAUGGUAAAAGGUUAAAAGUUUCCGGUCCCAACUCGAAUACGUUUAAUGUUCUUAUGGUUGGGUUUUUGAGAGAUGGCUUAGUGGAAAAGGUGGAGGAGAUAUGGAGGGAAAUGGCAGGAAUGAAUUGUGUGCCAAAUGCAUUUAGUUAUAGUGUGCUGAUGGCAGCAUAUUGCGAGAAUGGAAGAAUGAAGGAUGCUGAGAGGGUGUGGGAUGAAAUGGGGGUUGAGGGUCUUCAGCAUGAUAUUAUGGCAUAUAAUACUAUAAUUGGUGGGUUUUGUGAGAUUGGAGAGGUUGGCAGAGCAGAGGAGAAGUUUAGAGUAAUGUCUUUGGGUGGCUUCGAGAGUACUUGUGUUACAUUUGAGCAUCUUAUAAGCGGGUACUGUAAGAUUGGGGAUGCUGAUACAGCGAUCCUGUUGUACAAGGAUAUGUGUAGGAAGGGCUUUAGGCCUGAUGGUACAACAGUUGAUGCAAUGAUAAAGGCACUUUGUGAUAGUAGCAAGGUUUCUGAUGCCUUGGAGAUAAUGACAAUGGCAAUAAAGAAUCCUAAUAUCUUCCCUCAAAGGAAGAGCUUUGAGUAUCUAAUUAAGAGCUUGUGCCAGGUGGGGAGCAUGGAAGAAGCUCUGAAGCUUCAGGCAGAGAUGAUUGGCAAUGGUCAUGAACUAGAUGAAGAGAUCUAUGGUGCUUUCAUUGAUGGAUAUGCCAAACAAGGAAAUGAGGAGAUGGCACGAAGGUUGAGGGUAGAAAUGUUAACAAUUUUAAUCCCUACUCAGAAUGGCUAGAUGAAGAUUGUGCUUCCUAUUUGUUCGUUUGUAUUAUUUGCUGGAUUUGAAGUAACAUCAGAAUUCAAGCACAGGAACACACAUUUUGGUUGUGCACUGCAGUGAUGCACUGCAGUAAUGGAAACUUGCUGGAACUGUUUUGUCUGAAUAUACGGGCUGCAAUUUGGUAGAGGUGAUAUCAUUUUCCUGAACUACAUAGUUUGAUCAAUUUGGUUAUGGUGAAUAGCAUUCUAAUUUCAUUUCAAAAUGUAAUUGGGUACAUGCCAUUGCUAUGCAACUAGCUGAAUGUUUUCUUCUUUUGCUAUUGAAGACAAAACGUUGGCUUCACUGUUGCUGUGUGAUAAUGAUCUUGUCUUUGUGGUUUUUGUAUUUCACGAUGCUGUAAUGUGGAUGCUGCCAAGCUUAGCAAUAGAGUUAAAAUCUGGGAAGGGACAUGAGCUAAAAUGCCCCUCAAACCAUUUUCCUUUCUGGACUUUUACAUGGGUCAUCUUAAUAGAGAGAACAGAUUGCCACUGCAUUGGUAUCCGUCAGUUGGUUUUGCAGACCAUUACCGACUCUGAAACAUGUCUUUACAGAUCAUUGGUUUUGCACAGGUUAAACACAUUUAUUAAGUCUUGGAAUGAAAAUGAGUUUUCAUGCACUUGUUCGUGUGGAUGUAGCAACGAUGAUGCUCUGGGUGGCAUAAUGUCAAACCAAGAGACCUAUCAGAACCAUGGAUGUUGUACUUUGCCUACUAAAAGAUUCUGUCAAUUUGGACCAGCUAUACAAAUCAUAGAGAGGGAAGUAGCCAAAGAUUAAAAAGUGAAGAUGCUAGAGAGAAGAUCCAAGAUAAGAAGGCCA